UGCGGUUAGCGCACUGCGCCACAGAAGCGGGCGGGUGACGGUUCGAUUCGUGGUCACGGCUGCUGCUGCCGCCGCCGUCAUCGUCAAUCGGUUCAAGAAUCGGAACUGAAUUCUUCACCCGAAAAAUUCAAAAGAGGGCGAUCGCUGGCGGCCAUCUCCGCGUGCGUCCCGGCGCACGCAUUCAGGCGUGCGUCCAGAUUGAUUGAAAAGGAAGAAGGCGAAGCCGUCGGGAAACGCACGCCUUGUCUUUCGCGGCAGGCUUUAGGACGGCGCCAAUAAGCCAUGUUGACGCAGACACUCGCGGGCUGCUCUUUCACCUCGCCUUGGGUCUGAAGUCUGAGAGCCUUCUGCGUUUUACAGGCAACGCGUGCGGAUCAAAGUUACCGAUUCAAUUCCACGGACUCGCGCUGGUUAAGGUUCUGUUAAGCUGAGAAGCCACGCGAUUGCUUGCAUGACCGUUGCAAAGUAAGUACUUUUCUAAAUGAAGCACCCUAAAAAUUAAUGGAUACAUUACGUAGACGUUACUGCAUCGCGGUGGCUUUAUCCAAAUAAAUGGAUUGUUUUACAUAAGUGUGGGUAAAUUGUAGUUUAAUUUGCUCUCUUAAAAUUCACAAGUGUAGUAAACAUGCCGUAGACGCUUAGUCUGCAAGUGCAAUCCCUCAGUAACUUAAGUAGCUGUCACUCAGUAACUAAAACUGCCGUCGGUAACUGUCCUUUAUAACUCUCCGAGAAUGCGGCCGAAAGAACAACCACUGUUCCCCAUUUGUCCUUUCACUGUUACGGUCUACGUCAGCCCCAGUUGUUUGUAGGCUAAAGACACAUCCAGUAAUUAUGAUGCAGGUUGGAGAAAGUGCUUUGGGAAAUGGACAAAAGGGCAGCUUGAACGAGCGAGGGGAUGUAAAGAGCCAAGCGGAGGGACUUAACUCGGGCGGCGGCAGACGCUAUCUGUCCGACGCCGUGCUCGCGCAACGACGCCUGGACGCGUCGCGCAACUCGAACCCGCAGCGCGGCACCAAGGACCAUGACGAGGCGGCCCCCGGAGGCAACGUGUGGAUUUCGACGGACUUCGCUCGCAAGGCAACAUCGGCGCUCGGCGAUCUGAACGCGAACAGCGUCGCCGUCCGCGGAGGAGGGGGACGCGUGGAAGCGUGCACCGGAGCGGAACGGGAGGCCCGUGCGGACGGACCGCCCGCGCGUUUUACGAACCAGGUUGAAGGAGGUACAGCCAUGGACGUGAACAAUGGUGGAGCGUACGAGUGCGCGAACGCGAAGGUGAGCGGCCAGCAGGCUGAUGAGUCGAGUUUUGUGUUUGGAGGUCAGGGUGGUCGGGUGGAAGAGGAGCUGGGAGGCGCUCAGCCUGGCUGUAAUUCCGACAGCAGGGGAUGCCACGUGGACGAGGAAUUCUCGACGUACGUCACUGCCAGCGUUGAUGACGACCAGUGUCCAAGUCAGGCUCUGUCGUGCAAAGGAGAAAGCUCUGACCUUGACAACCAGUGGAACGUAGACUUUGAUGAGCUGCCCGUUGAUAACGACGAACAGAGGAAGCGUGCGAGGCUGGAGCUGGGGCACUCUUUGGAUGUUUCGACAACUGGACCAAACAUCACGAUGGCUGCAGAUGAUGCCACUUGGUCGACCGACAUUUUAAACGACUCCCAAGAGACGUCUGCCUUUGUGGAGAUGGGGAGUCGAUGCAAACAAAGCCACCUCGUUUCUGACAGUGACCCCGUUUCAUCCGACUGCAUGGAUACGACCGAGGCACACAGUGUAAGCCAGAGUAGUUCAAGGCAGAUGAGAGUCCCCAGCGUUUUCCACCAAGAAUAUUUGGUGCAAUCUGUAGGAGGAUCAGGCACGGGACGUCUGGUGGGGCAGCGUCACGGACACUGGCAAAUUUCUUCGGAUGAAUGCGACGAAGGCUUCUCAUCAAUUAAUCACUCUCACGGUGGAGUUGUUGUUGAUGAAGAUGUUCUGGGGAGUUCAUCCGAUCCAGAAAAAUACGAGUCGGGCAUUCUGUGCAAAAGUAAAGACGAUUGUUCAGAAGCAAAACCAUCACGUGCCGAGGACUUGCUGGUGUUGGAGCCCGAAGGCGUUUUGUUAAAUGCGUCUUCGUUUCUGGAUCACAAAACUAAGAUGAUCACUCGUAAAGUUUUAACCGAGACGACCACUGGCAAUUCUUUAGGUAAACUUGUAGGCGUUGUCGCGAGCGAAGAGGUUGUGCAAGUUGCAGUGGGAGAGGAACGGAGGGCGAACCAUGCCGUGGACAGUUUGUACGAACAAAAGUCCGAGGCAGCAUUUGUGCCGGACUGGGCCACAUUAGAGCACGAAUCGAUGGAACGCCUUAACGAGACCAAAAAUACCAGCCCGGCGUUCACCGCUGCAAGUGAUACCAAAGCAACGCCUGAAAUCGAUGCCAACGUGGACUCACUGCCAGGCUUAGAUCGUGAAGUUUUGGGCGCUGCAGAAAAUAGAAAUCCCGCAGAUCAGGGCACUGGCGAUAACAUUGAUAACGACAAGGAAAGCAUGUCGGCUGAGAACACUACACUGGACACUUACGAUUCGUCGGAUGUUUUUCUCGCUCGAGACUACCUGUGCGGCAGCUCCACGGACUGCGUGGAGACCUCCGUGAGUGAGAUCAGCAGCUCGUCAGAGUUUGACCAUUCAGCGGCGGAGCCGACGAUGAAAUCCAGCAGGGACGCCGAGCCCGACGUCCAGCGGACGGCCGGGACGUCCACCUCGGGGGCGCUUGCAGGCGAGACGGAGGGGGCAGUAGGUCUGCCGCGUCUCGCCGAAGGCGAGGCGGCGUCGCUGGCAUUUCCAAAGCUCAGACUGAAAAUGCCUCGAGCUGGAAACGUUCUGCCGGAGGUAGGAAGUCCCCCGGCGCUUGUGCGAUGUGAGCAUCGCGUGGAGAGUGAGACUCGCAUUGAGGAUCAGUCGUUUGAUGUCACUAGCGACUUAAACACAAGUGGUAGCUUAGAAGUGUACGGUGGUAUUCUAACACGGCAAGGGUUUUUGGAUAUAAUGUCAUUUGAUAGAAAUAUGUUUCCUUCCUUGCGCAUGGAAGCUCCAAUGGAAGAUAUGACCGCGUCCGAGCCGGUGUUUUUGACAGAAGUUGCACUCGAAGUGGAAUCGGAGAACGGGGAAAUUCAAACGGAGCGGCCCAACGCGAUCGAAGCAGGUUUGAACACCAACAAGGUGGACAGUAAAACCGGCUCGCCUAUAAAAAAAACGCCGAGGAGAUCGAUGGCUCGACUGAUCGCGAGACCAAGUCCCAAGAACGCCAAAUCGAAGGUGGACGGCCAGGCAGCGCAUUCGGCCCGUCCGCUCAAACGAUCGGCGUCGGUUGUGGAGCCGAAGGUGACGCGCUCCCUGUCGUUCGCCGACUGCCCUCCGAGCUCCCCGGCUUCGCUCAACUCCCCUGUGCCGCGCGGCCCACCGAAGGUGACCACCGCCAACGGCAAGCCGCCGAGGCCGGCGGACGCGAUGCCUCCGGUCGCCCAGCGAGGAGGCGCCGGGCGGCCGUUUCCUGCGCCGUCGGCCGGCGGCUCGCACGCGAGGGCGGUGCGCACGCUCAGCUUCGUCUCCCGCAUCCCCGGGCUGCGGAGGGCGUCGUCGGGGGUCAGGCUGUCGGCGAGCAUCUCGGUGAAGGCCGACAGCAGCAUGGCCGAGCAGACGUCGGAGGCGAGCUUCAACUCAAUGGAGAGCGCGAGUGAAACCAGCAGGUCAGCUGAGAACAGCAAAAAAAGUUUAGCCUCCAGCUCGUCGGCCGCGACAGCACCUCAGGCACGGCCUCCGCUCGCGCACCGCCCGGAGCCGGGGCCGCGUGCCGUGCCCGGGUCGGCGCGCCAGGCCUCGCGGACGCAGGCUCAGGCGAGGGCCGGGCUCUCUCCGCCCGGAGCCAGGCCGAAGCAGAAUGAGAUCCCGAUGACCUCUAACCUCGGAGGCGCGGCGGUGGGGAGCGCGAGGCCCGCGGAAGCAGCGCGUUUCUGCGGCGACGCCACUUGCAACGCGGCUCCUGGCGAUGUCAAUCGGCGCAAAGCCCCCCCCCCCCCCACACCAUCGGCGUGUGCCUCGGCAGGACCAAGCAGGACCCCGGCACAGCCCGGCACGGCCGCGAGCGCCGGCAGACCUCCUCGGGCGAGAGCCGGCUCCUCGCUCCCGGCGCCGGCAAAAUCGACGUCCGCUCGGUGCCUGCCGACCGCCGCGGCGCCGCCGCCGUGGGGCACUUCCCGGCCGUCGUCCGCGACGGCUCCGGCUCGGGCGCCCGGCCCACAGCAGUCCGGCCCCUCGCGGCCGCUCCGCUCGUCGGCCGCGGGGUCGCGACCUCCGCCCGCGACUUCCGCCGCCGCCGCCGCCGCUCGUCCUCGCAGCGCCAGCAGCUCGUCCGUCGGCAGCAACCAGAGCUCGGCCAGCAGGGUCUCCAACGCGUCUGUCCAACCUGCCAGGCGAGUCUGGGACAUCCGGGCACGCAUAACCUUGCCGCAGUUUGUCGGGUCGGCGUCUCUGCGCAGCGUGACGUCGCGGCAAUCCGCAAGCCCCGGCAGGACUCCAGCACGGACGCCCACCGGCCCCGGCACCGGCACCAGCACCGGCACCGAGCCUCGUCCAGCGCUGCCCACGCAGCCCCGUGCCAACGCCACCGCUACCGCCGCCAGAGACGACGCGGGCAACGGCGAUGUCAAGCGGCUCGCGGUCCCCACGCCACGCGGGAGAGGGUCAUCAGCCUCCCACCAUGCCACCCCAGGGAGGCAGCGUCGUGUGGCAGAGAUUGGCAAAGAGCGCGGCGGGGUGGCACGCGGCGGCUUGCGGGCCGCGAGGCCCCCGGCGGUCGCCGAGACGGACGCCAGCCCCCCUGCGGCUCCGGACCCGACGACGGAGCUGGCGCUGGCGGAGAGCGAGCGGCGGGCCCUGGCGCUGGCGGAGCGGUGCACGCUGCAGGCGCGCCAGCUGCAGCGACAGCUGGAGGGGAGCGCCGGAAACCUGCGCGCCCUGGACGCGCUGGCCGUGGUGCUGCAGUACACUCACGCCAAGCAUGCGGAGGCCGUGCGGAAGGACCGGGAGCUCUCUCUCGUCAUACACAAUGUGCAGGAGGAGCUCGCGAGCAGCGCGGCGCGGUGCGAGGCGCUGCAGCGCGACAAGGAGGAGCUGCACGACAGGUGGCGGCGGGAGGCGGAGAGGGCCGAGGAGGAGCACGCGCUGGCGCUGUGCUCACUGCGCGACAGCCUGAGCCUGCAGCACGAGGCCGAGCACGACGCUCUGCGGCGCGAGCACCUCGCCGCCCUGGGCGAGCUCCGCGUGCAGCACCGCGAGCAGCUGGAAGAGUUGCAGUCAAAUCAGGAGUCUCUGGCACAAGAGAUCGAGGUCCGUCACAGUGAGGAGAUAUACUCACUAAAGGAGCAACAGGCCAAGGCACAAGAUGAGCUCAAAAGGAGCCAUGACUCAGAGAAGAAAGCGUUACAAGAGGAGUUUGAGCGGACGAGGCUAUUAUUGCAGGACCAGGUGGACACGCUGACCUUUCAGAACGACUCCCUGAAGGACAAGGCGCGGCGCUUUGAGGAAGCCCUGCAGAGGGACAGCGCCGAGACCGUACAGGCGGCACUGGCGCCCUACCAGUACAUCCAAGAGGAGAUGGCGAGCCUGCAGGCCGUGCUGGAGAUGCGUGCGCACACCAUCCACCAGCAGCAGAACCGAAUCCUCGAGCUGGAGAAGCUGGAUGAGACAAAUGUCGCAUUGAAAGAGAAGGUGAGGGUCUUGACGCAGCAGAAUGAAGAACUGAAGGCCCGUGUCAACAAGAACAGUGCAAUGACCAGACAGCUGUCGUUUGAGCACUCGACUCUACAGGAGACGCUCGUGAAGGAGUCGAAGACGAACAAGCGGCUCUCGAUGGAGAACGAGGAGCUGAUGUGGCGGUUGCAAAACGGCGAGGGUCUGGGCAGCCCGGGCAAGGGCUCUCCCUCCUCCACCUCCUCAUCCAUCUCCUUUCGGUUCCCUCCGUCCCGCAGCCCGGCCUCCAUGUCUCCGUCCCGCUCGAUCGCGUCGCCCGCUUUGUCCCCGACGCACGGAGGAGGAGGGGGGGUGCCCCACGGCACGCCGGCCAGGGUGCUGGUCUACCCGGCGCCAUCACCGACUCACUCGCUGGGAACCCCCGUGCGCUCCUUGUCUCUCGCGUCGCCCUCCCGGGGCCACGCGUCGCCCGCGCGAUCGCCGGUGUCGCCCUCACAGGCGGCGGUGUCGGCGCCGUCUCCCGCGCGAACGCCCGUGUCAGAGUGUGCCACCGACGUGCCCAGAUGACGGACAGACGGUGCCGCGUUGGCUGCCGAGAGCCCCCCCACAGCCUUGUCCGUUUGCUUUAAAAAAAAAAGAAACCUAUUUAAAAGUAAUUUGGGCAGAACUUAAUCCUUGGCAGUGAUGGGACUGUGCUUGCAUGUGCAGGUGCAAGUGCUUUAAGAUGAGAGGGGUCUUUUAAUGAGGUUCCUGCCUUCCAGACUUUACUCAUCGUAUGUCACCGUUGUUGCUCAGCUCAGGAGUGUCUUCUUUCACUUUUUAAAGGAGGAUGGUGGAAUGUGCUGCACCCAGGCUAUGUCCACUCGCCCUUCAGUUUUUGUUGUUGUUUCCUCUAUGCCACGUAGGGCUCCGUUGCGGAUCAAUUGCGGGAAUCUCUUGCCGAAGACGAUGCACUACAGACAGCCUAACGUCCGCACGCAGCACAUUUGACUGCGUCGCAUUAUAUGAAACGCUCAGUACAGCAAAAUGGGAACACGUUUUCUUCCAAAGCCAUCAGCAUGCCGUGCUUUAACAUGCUUGUGUUCAAGGAUACCUUGGUGGUAUUUCGAAAUGCUAAAGUUCUAAAAGUUAUGAACGAACGUCUGCCAGUGAUUUUUCGAAAUUAUCGUGACUCAAACAAUUGAGUAAAUAGCUGUAAUUUUCACGUGGCAGAAUUGACUUGGAAAUGUUUUAUUUUGAAGCUACAGCACAAACACACGGAUGAAAAUUAAAACAUUAGUAUCACUUUAAGAGCAGAAUUAGUGGGGAUAAGGAAUUCUGAUAGUUUCCAACCUCUGUAAUGAAUCAGCGAGCAUCUUUUUACUACAGCUAGUAUAUGCGGCUAGACUAUUUUGUGUUCACAAAAUGAGAACAUAAAAAGCGUAUGUUGCAUACCUACCUGGUACUGAAAUGAAAACAAUUACAGAAUCUCACAAUCAUCAUUUUGCUUGGACAAAUUGUAGCCCAUAAGUUUCCACGAGUCUCUUUAUUAAUGGACAAAUCACCGAUGAGAAAACGUGUUGUGUUUGGAAUCAUUCAACUGGCAGAAAUUUUCCAAAAGGAGUUGCCAGGGAUUGUAUUGUUCGGUUGUAUUGCACUUGAUCUAUAUAUACCGUAUAUAUAAUGCGCAUUAAAUAUAUUGUAUGAGUAAUUUAUUUUGCCAGCUUUUGCGAAGCUUCAAACAGUUCUGGAUGUUUGUUUAAAUUCCCAACUCAUGCAGGAUACAGUUCAUGUUUUUGACUCGUGUGUAAGGAAUUUAUUAUUUCACAACAUAUGUUGGAAUUUACUUUCGUCAGCCCAUGUAAUGCUGUACAUUUGGUCAAAGCGAUCUGAAAAUCCUGCCUCUUUUGUCAAAAACACUGCAUUUUAAUGCGUGAUGUGAUUUUUGCAGGUCGUGUAAGAAAGCAGUACAUGAUUUAAAAAAGGAAACUAAACCUCGAAUUAAUUUAGACCUUGUGUCUGUGGGUUGUUAGUAUAUAUAUUGCAUGAACUUACAGAAACAUUUUCGAUAGCGGGUUACUGAUUGGAUGAGACCGCAUAAUUGCUGUGGUUGUGUUUGCAAAAAAGGAAAAUGUCUUGAACAGGAAACCACAUUUAAAGGCGAAAAUAGUGGGUUAUGGAAAAUUGUGUCUGUUCAGUAAACAUUACUGUCAAAGAGGGCUAUAUUUGGGACAUAAAUGUAAACCAGGACCGGAAUGUUGAUUGUAGUUGCAUUUAAAAACGUGCAACAGUAAUUUUAGGGACCCCUUUUUAAAUUGAAAUGAAAGUUCGCAAAUGUGAAUUCAAAAACUAAAGUAAAUAAUUAGCGAUUCAUUUCAAAUGGAGGUUAUCUUUAAGGCGCAUUGGGCAUUAAGAAUACCGUUCAUCUUCACAGUCUACAACUACCGCUUUACUUGGGUAUGUCUCGACUUUAAAUCAUAUUCAUUUGCCCUUGAACUCAGCCAAAAACUAUAUCAUUACAAAUAAAAUAAACCUUCCAAAGGGGUGUGUAUUGCU